AUGGAUGAUAAGGAGGAUGGACAAGCUUCACCGGCACAUGUAGCUACAAAUAUAUAUACACACCAGUUGACUCAGCAAAACUUAAGUUUCGAUGAUGCAGCGAAUCCUCCUCUUGCUACUAAUUUGGAGAUAGAAGAGUUCUUUGUUGAAACAGAAGAAUUUACGAGCCUCGCAAAUCGCGAAUC